AUGGCCGCGCCUUUGUCUCAGCCCACAGGGCAGAGUCCCCUAGCGAGUCCAGCAGGCUCCGUAGCCGCUGAGAUUCCUGUGCCACCAGAGACAACGCAGCAGGAAGAAGAGUUGCUGUUUGGUACUGGCCAGCCUGGUGGUCAGCAGACAGCUGGAGGCAACCCUUUUCAGGGUCUUGGAACUGCAGCAGCAACUCCUGCUGUUCCGACUGUCCAAGAACGCAUGCUGGAGAUGCUUGCGAAUAUGGUGCAACAGCAGCAAGAGCAGACGAAGCAGACGCAACAAAUGCUCUCUGCCAUGCUGCGAAGAAUGGACUUGGAAGACGAGAGGCGUUUCAAGGCCGAGCGUGAACGUGAGGAAGAAGCAAAGAAAGAAGCAGUUCCAGUCGCGAACCGUGACCCGUUUGCAACUUCGGGAACAGCAUCGGCAAGUAGCAGUUCAGGGCCGAAGCCGGCUGGAAGCGGUGGGAUGGCGUCCAACCGUGCAGACAAAUACCUGCCACAGCUGCCUGUCAUAGCCCAUCAAGAGAUGGGUAGAGACAGGAUGCGAGAAAUCGAGGCUUGGCAUGGUUUCUUGGAGACGCUGAGUUCAUGGUUGGCGCUGCAAGAUGAGGCCUACGUGAACAAUCUUCGACUCUGCAUAGGUGUAAAGGACGAGAUCCAACAGGACCGUUUGCCAGCUGACACCGCAGCACGGUCAGCGAAGCUGUUUUACCUGCUGUCGCAAAGUUUGGCCAAGUGGGAACGUGGUUUGGAGUUGCUUCGAAGCUGCAGCAAGAGACAGAACAUGUCUGCGACCGGCUACGAGGCAGUUCGCACCAUCCACAUGAACUACUCGAUAGUGUCCCGAAUGGAGGCGGUCUACGUGCGAGAGGCAUGCAUGAAGAUCCAUGCUAAGUGCGGCCACCUCAAGAAGCCCAUGGACAUCAUCCGACAUUUAGAGGAUGGCAUCGCCAAGGCAGAAGUGAAGCUGAGCAACUUUCCAGAGCUCAAGCUUACAGAAGCCGACCGUUGUUCCUUGCUGCAGGCCGUGUCGCACCAGGCGCGGCAGUAUGUAGCCCUUCACGGAAAUGCCCAGUCUUGGGGGGAGCUCACAAAGAGCCUCAAGUACUUCGAGGAACAGUUGAGGAUGUGUGAGCCCAUCCCGACUUCAUCGUCUCGGUCCAUGAACGAUGAUAUCCUUUGUGACUAUUGCGGUCGAAAAGGAAGUGCUUUCGUCAUCGUGCCGACGAAGUUAUGCAGGGACAAGCCGAAAGUACUUCUCGGCCCCUGGCUUGUGCAAAACGGCCCCAUUGAGGGAAGCCGAUGCGUUGAGCAAUUUGCCAAGAGGGCUCCACAGAAUGGCGCUGCUUUAUCUCUGGCUCAUGCAAGGGAUGAGCGACGGGGGCCUCCUCUGCUCUGGGAGCAUGGGGUCGUGCCGACGGCGCUCUGA